GAUGCUCCUCAUGAUGCAAGCCAACCCUUCCCUCACACAGUCCACUACCGAUCGCGAUCGUGACCGGCUAUCUUCUAGCGACCUCGCCUCUCGAGUCGAUAAUCUUCGCCUCGAUGCACCGCCCAUAUCCUUCGUUUUUAUUCCUCCAGAUCCCCGACACGCAUAUCGAGAGUUGCUCGAAAGAUUACUCGACUUUGACCUCGAGGUGUUGAAGACUUUACCCGAAGAUGAGGAUGUUAGUCUGGGAGUCUUGACUCCGGAUCAUGUGGCGUUGCUGAGUGAAUGUGCGAUACGUUGGAGACUGCCUGCUAGUUUUCGAGUUUGGUCGUUUCUUGACGCUAUGGUAGAGCGGUGCGAGCAGGGGGCAGUGCCGGCGGCUUGUGUAUUGGAGGCGGGUGCUAUAGUGGAUAAAGUCCGGCUGGAUGCUCCAGAGGAUACUUGGGCUAUAUCAGAUCGCGAGGGAUGGCAGCAAGCGCUCGUCCGACGGAACAUCUGUCUUUACUCUGCAGCCCAAGUCGCUCUCGAGUACUCGGGUUACCAUUCACCUGACUUCAUGGAAGCCGUCACAGAUUACCUCGCACUCGAGUCUCGCGACAUCAGUCAUUCGGAGUUGCAGCGUUUAUCGGACAAAAUCAUAGAUGGCAUACGAAUGCAAGCGUACGAGAGUUAUGUGGCACAUGCAACCGAGAGGAUUGAGCAUUGCGGAGGUAAGACGAAGGAGUUUGCUCUUGCAAUGGCCGUCUGGAUAGAGAAGGAGGCGAAAAAGUUGAGUAAAAAAUUUGGGGAUAGUCUUAACGACAAAGUCGACAUCGUUCCUCUGGUCCUGCAACAACAUCUCCGUCUCUGGUUCCAAGACCUUGAAGAUGCUAUGGUAUCGAACCCCCACCAAUCUUCCACUUCCAAUCACGUCAACGAAGAUCUGAUGGAAGAAUCCUUCAUCGUAUAUCGGAAGGCACAAAAACUCAUAGAGAUGGCUGAAGCUUUCGCCGUCCCAGGCGAUCCUGCUCAUUAUCCCCUCGCACCUCUUUUCGAACUUACUAUCCGACAGUGGAUCGAUCAGACUGCACUCAAAACGCGCAUGUGGGCUGAUCAGGCAUUAUCAGUGGACACUUUUGAGCCGACAUCGGAGAACGGUCCUUCGUCCAGUGUUACAGAUUUGUUCGAGUCGUUCAGGAGCGCAGCGAGAUUUCUUAUGGAGCUCAAAUGGCCUGAUGAGAAGCAGUUGGCGAUGUUCGCCACUAGGUUGGCCAAGAUCUUCAGCUUGUCUAUAAAUGAUUAUUGCAACAAGAUGGAACAAUUGUUUGCUCGGGAUAUGUCACAAGGGGAGGUAGUGCAACCUGCUCAGACGGCCGCGAAACAGAAGGCUUGGAUCGAAAAAGCCAAAUCUACACUAGCAUCUUUACAAGGAGAACGGAAGAUACAACCAUUUUUCAACUUUACUCCUGCUUCUUGCGUCAAGCUGAACAACAUCGAAGCCGCUCGCCAACAACUCGACAUGUUAUAUGCCGACCUGCGUGUCGAUGAUCUCGCAGCAUAUGAUCUUUCUCCUCCCCUUCACCCCAAUCAACAAAUCUAUCUUUUCACAGUCAAAAUUGUCCUCGCUGAAGGAUUAUCAAUGGACGGUAGUACAAAAGCUCCAGACUCAUUCGUGAUCCUUUCGGACGAACAUGGGAAUCGAUACGCCAAGACACGCACGAUAUACGACGAUACGGAUCCGAGAUGGGAUGAGACUUUUGAUAUUCCUGUCCAAGGGACUGCGUGGUUCAUGGCCACGGUACGACACCGUGCCGCGGUUGGUAAACAUGAUCUACUCGGAAGGACGUAUUUGCGAUUGGACCCCAGUCAACAUCAAGAUCUGAUCACCAGCGAUGUACUACUUCCAUUAGAUACUCGGGGACAUGUAUUAUUGAGAGUGUCAAUGGAGGGAGAGAGGGAUGAUAUUCAAUUCCAUUUUGGUCGAGCUUUCAGAUGGCUCAAAAGGACUGAAUCGGAUAUGGUUCGAACCUUUGUAGACAAGAUGACUCCAGUCCUUCGUCAUGCUCUUUCUCGUCAAACUAUCAAGUCCGUCCUCAAACCACACACCUCCCUCACUCCAGCUUUACCGAGAGAUUAUAACGAAGCACUAGGUAAACUCUCUGCGGCAUAUCGAACAGCCUUAGCUUCCUCCUCACUCGUUCCGACCACCACAGACGGUCCUCUCAUCCCUCCAGUUGCUGAGAGAAAACGUCCCCCGACCGACGCCGAAACAGAAUCCGCCAUUCAUCCCUUAUUUGACUACUUGGACGCCAACAAUCACACUCUCGCUUCUACGUUGAGUAAAGAAGCCAUGCAAAUGGUGAUGGCCAAAUUAUGGAAACAGAUAUUGAUGACUAUUGAGAGUCUUAUCGUCCCUCCUCUCAGCGAUAAACCUUCGUCUAUGCGAGAACUGAGUGAUGGAGAAUUGGAUAUAGCACUCAAGUGGUUGACUUUCCUCAGAGAUUUCUUUUACGUCGGUGGGGAUGAGAGUGGGGUACCAUUGAGCGUUUUGCAAAAUCAGAAGUUUAAUGAAAUUAUGAGUGUUAGGAUGUUGUAUGAUCUAGGAACUGAUCAUUUGAUGGAGGAAUGCGUCAGAGGGUUUCAAUCAACUUUGAAAUCCCGUCAAACGAGGAGAGGAAAGAGUAUGAUUUCUCAGAGGAAUUUGGGUACCAUAAGAGCUCGUAAGACUGCAAAGAGACAAUUACCUCCAGCGGCGAAUAGUUCAGAAAUGAUCAUGCGGAUUUUACGGAUGCGCUCUGGAACACAAGAAUUCCUAGCUCAACAACUACAAACCAUGUCGGCUGUGAAACUGAUUGACCCGAAGAAGAAUCGAACGUUGACACGCGGUAGUCUGGGGCGAUGACUCUCUGACUCUCUCCGUGUUCGCGUCGGAUCAUGGAGCGGUCGAUCAUGGAAUCACGGAUCACACGCUAGAUUAGCCCGUUUGACGUCUCAUGGGUCUAGUGGCGCACAUGAAACAAGGGUUAGGGUAUCGUUUCCAAGCAGUGGGGGGAUCGUCUUAUCGUUAUAGUUACAGCGUUGUAGCAUUGCUGCAUUAUUCUUUGACUUUG